GGAUGACAAAAAGUGUUAAAGUCAGUGCGCCAUUGAGUGCGGUGCGGGCGUCAUUCAGGCCUAAAAUAAGUUAGAAAAGUCACACAAUAGUGACAUUUAAGUGACUGAUAAGUAGAUAUAGUGUUUUCACACCGCGCAAGAUGGCGUUUAGGUGCGUAGGAGUCGUUCUUCUAUGUUUAGUAGUAUUAGCAUCAUCAGCAGUACCAAAGAAUGCGCGGAAAAAGCCGGCUAACCCUCCAGCGCGCGCUGCAGCCGAUGCCGAACGGGAUGCAGAAAUCACAAACUCCUGUCCUGAUGACGGGUUUUUCGCAGACGCUGAACAGUGUGACAAAUAUUACGAAUGCAGAAACGGUGAAAUAAUAGAAAAGCUCUGCCCAGACGGUAUGGUGUUCAACGACUACAGUCCUGAUGAGGAGAAGUGCGAUUUGCCUUUCAACCUUGAUUGUUCACAGCGGCCCAAGCUACAGACACCGAUCCCUGCGCUACAUUGUCCGCGCCAAAAUGGUUACUUCUCACACGAGGACCCGAAGGAAUGCGGCAAAUUCUACUACUGUGUGGAUGGCAAGUUCAAUAUGAUCACGUGCCCUGAUGGACUAGUGUACAAUGAUAAAACUGGUAUCUGCACGUGGCCUGAUGAAGCUAAGAAGAAGGGGUGUGGAGCCGCUGAGGUGUUCCAAUUCGAUUGCCCGCCUGUUAAUGAGACUUUUGGACUAACGCACCCUCGUUAUGCCGACCCUGAGGACUGCCAGUUCUUCUACGUGUGCAUCAAUGGCAACACGCCACGACGCUCCGGCUGCAAACUGGGACAGGCCUUUGACGAUGUCCAAAAAAGAUGCGAGUGGGCACGGAAAGUUCCAGAAUGCGCGGACUGGUACAAAGGUCAACUCACUGAUGCCGAACUUGAUGCGUUGGAGAACCCGCCCACAGUAAAACCCAAGCCCUCAGGGUCCCAGCCGUCUCGCCGUAAGCCACAGCGUCCUAAAGGCAAAUCAGCGCCUAUCGAAGUUGAUGAAGAGUAGAGCAUUUAUGUAGUUAGUUAAUAAAUAAAUAAAUUUUAAGCUAUACUUUA